CAACUAUGGACAUCCCGUGUGUUCUUUUUACGAAGAAUCUGUUUAAAUUAUUUAUUCGGGCUGUACCAUUUAUAUUUGCAUUUGUCACUAUGGGAACAAAGGCCAAGCCCUGUGGUGGCUCUCCAGCGGAGGGUGUCUGUGUCGUUUCUAUAGCAACGUUUGUGUAAGCAACACAGCAGCCGAAAGACUGGAAAGGACUAGAGCGAAGAUAAUUCUGGUCCUAUAGUUGGGUACAUAGAUAGCCUAGGGUUUUCAGUCUGUUCUGGCGUCUGUACAUUCUGCUCACCACCUGUAAUUUAUUUUUCAGUAUGGGUGUGAAUGGUGUGCCUGAGAGGAUGGGGCCAAGUUAACAGAGACUGGGUCUAGUUCACAGCAAAGACAUGGAGACAGGGUCAGAGGGUAUAGUUCAUAGGAAGGGCAUGGAGACAGGGUCAGAGGGUAUAGUUCACAGGAAGGGCAUGGAGACAGGGUCAGAGGGUAUAGUUCACAGGAAGGGCAUGGAGAAUGGGUCAGAGGGUAUAGUUCACAGGAAGGGCAUGGAGACAGUGUCAGAGGGUAUAGUUCACAGCAAGGGCAUGGAGACAGGGUCAGAGGGUAUGGUCUUGCAGGCUCCAACAGGGGCUGUCAGUGAGGAGACCCGACUGGCUCUGGAUCUUGGUGUCUUGGAAGACUCUGAACUCACUGAGCAGCAGAAGUUACGCCGUGUGUUGGACUGGACUCUGGGCUUCCUUGGGACCAGCCAGGAUGGAAACGAUCUCAGCACACAAGCGAGAGCUGUGUGUGCCUUCCCGCGUUUCAGCUCCUCUCCAUAUGGGCCCGAGGUCGGCAGGAGCCAAGCUGUCUCUGUCCUUGGAACCUUUCACGGUGUGGUCAGAAGCGGAGGCGAAGAUGCUGUGGUGGACCGGGCAGAGCAGCCAGAUAGGACGCCAUGCCCCAGCACACCGCCCAGCCUCACCUCCACCCUCCCAAAACGAUGUGUUGUGUUUUCGGUGCCGGAGUUUAGCCCUGGGCAUAGAGAGAUGGUCCUGUCCUCAGGGGAUACCAAUGGCGGGCAUGAACAACAUAAAAUCGAUGGCCUCGAUGUCCAUCUGACAGAACAGACUACACACACACCGGACGUUGUCUGUGAGAUCCUCAGACCCAGAGUCAGUAAAGGCAGUGCCCUUUUUUUCAGAGCCCACCACCUCAUGUCAGAUUCAGGUGAAGGGGGUUGUGGCAAGAGGGAGGACAGAGUUGUGGGAAUGCAGGAACCCAAAGAGAAGAAGGUGGUGGUGGAGGAGAGACACCCGCCAACAGGCCUCGACAUCACUCCCGAUGGAUCCUCCUGGGUGGAACCGGAGGGAGAAUGUUUAGAGACGCCCGCCACAAGCCAGGACUCAGAAGGCGUGAGUGUAUACAAGAAGUACCUGCUGUGUUUGUCCCAUUUAGACCGUCUCAGGAUGAAGCAGAACCAAACACCUGCUGACCCCACAACCCCACUUGCAGGCCAAAUUCCAAAACCCCGACUUGCCAGCCUUCCUGCCAGCCUUCCUGCAAGCCUUCCUGCCAGCCCUACUGCCAGUCCUCCUGCCAGCCCUCCAGCUGAACUAGCGCUUGCUAAGCAUCUGGUCCACCAGGACGUCCAUACCGAGGGGAGACGGGCCCCAUUCAAGAGCUCAGCAGUGGAGAAUGGAGGAGAGCUGCGGCCCAAGAGCAGCGGAGGUCAACCUGGUGUCAGGGAUCAGGCUCGCGUCAGAGGUCGUGGUCGUGCGUGGAGGUUUUGGGAAAGGUCAAGCCUCUCCUGGUCAACCUUCACUCACGGUGAAGUGCUCCCACGGUCUCAACUCCCCGGCCUCCGAGACUCGGCAAAAGACGUGGCAUCUAAACGGAUGUCCGAACGUUCCUGCUCUGGAGCCAGAUCACCACAUCUCCCCCUGGAGACUGCAGUGAAUUUCAAGAAAAACAACAGUCCUGUGACCAGAGCUCCAGCACUAGCACCCGCAGGGGGCAGUGUGUUGUGGCUGUCUCUACCUGAGGAGGUGUGGCUGUCCGUCCUGUCAUUUCUGACGCACAGAGAUCUGUCCACCGUGGCCCAGGUGUGCCCGCUGCUGCUUCGACUGGCCAAUGAUCACACCCUCUGGCAAGUUGUUCGAGUAGAAAACAGCUUACUGCUGACUGACCAAUGGCUGAAAAGUGUGGGCGGGCAUAACCCUCAAAGCCUCACUAUCUACAGGUGCAGCGGACCGUCAAUCACCACUGCCGGUCUCAAAGACUUUUUCAAACUAAGUCACGCCUCACUGAAGGAGCUGAACGUAAUAAGCUGCAGCGGUCCCGGUUUCCGGGGUGACCUCAUGUUGACCCUUAGUGGCCAACACUGCAAUCACAUGACCUCUGUGGACGUCAGCUGGAGCGGAGCUACUGACCUAGGCAUCAGAGCGCUGACUGAAAACUGCAUUGGCAGACUGAAGUCAGUCAUUGUCAAUGGUUGCCAGGUUACAGACAAAGGCUUGAAUACCCUGGUCAUGAGACACAGAGAGAGUCUGCGAAGACUAGAGGUGUUUGGCUGCCUGUCUAUCAGUCCAUCCUGUCUGGGCAGAGUGUCCAAGCUGUGUCCUGGCCUGGAGGCCCUGAACAUCGGCCAGAUCCCGAAUGUCACUCAUUCUUGCCUGACCCUUGUGACAUCACGACUCAAACACCUCCGCUCCCUGAACCUGACUGGGCUCCAUGCAGUGAGUGAUAAAACAAUUCACGUGGUCCUCCAGCAAUGCCCUGACCUCCAGGAUCUGACCCUUAGCUUCUGCCAUGGAGUCACCGACCUGAGUCUGCACAAGAUCAGCAGCCACGCCCCCCACAUCAGGUUGCUGGAUGUGAGUGGCUGCAGUAUGGUGAGUGAUUCAGGCAUUAAGGCGGUGGCUGGUGUUUGUAGACGUCUCCAGCACCUGGAUCUGAGCUCCACCGCCACGGGGACCAGGGGAGUGAACCUGUUGGCAAACUACUGCAGCACUCACCUCCUCACUGUGAAACUGAGCUCCUGCCAGGUCAACAGAGAGGCCAUCCAUAAACUCUGUAGGCACUGCAAAAGGUUGAAGCUACUACACCUGUAUGACUGCGCCUACAUCCCCACUCAACAAGAGAUCCGAGACAUCAAUCCCACCGUUAAACUGUACCCGCAGACUUGACAGGCACACAGUAAUAAUACCUCUGGGGAACACGGGCAAACCCGCGGAGGUGGAGGUUGACUUCAGCGAUCGUCAGUGACGGCAGUGAGUUCGCUGAUCUCCCAGUCCGUCCUGAUCCGGUCUCCACACACCUGUGUCAGGGUGCCCUCCUCCGCUCCCCCUGUGGAGGAGGUGUGUACCCGCCCCCGCUGCAGGGGUAAACACCGUGCCGGAGGGGUCGUCUGCUGCCACCCGCC